AUGGCUAGAAGAGUAAAACGAGUUACUGACCCGCUUGACGACAGAGUCAAAGCUCAACUCGUCGGCGCUGGUUACUUUAGUAGCGGAAGCGAACACUCUGGCUCCGACGCCGUAGCCGGAGAUGACUCUCCCUGCCUCUCUGAACUCGUUGAUAGUUUCCUGGAAGAUAACCACUAUGGUACUGAUGAGACUGGUGGCGGUAAUGGUAGUACUACUUACAUCUCCGAUGCCGAUUGCGUCGAUUCGAAUUAUGACAAUACGGCGUUGUUGGAGAUCAUCGUCAGGUCAAACGCUGUUAACGAUAGGGAUUGUUAUAGGAAUCUGCUCGUGGAUCGCGUUUUGGAAGCAAAGGAAAUGGUGUCCGUUUUCAAAAUGGAUAAAGCUGUUUUUAAGCGUAAAGUAAUGGCUCACCUUCGCGAAGCAGGUUACGACGCGGCGAUCUGCAAAACGAAAUGGAGUUCCUCGGGAGGCAUAGCGGCUGGGAACUACGAGUUCAUUGACGUGAUGCGAUCGGUGUCAUCGUCGAGGCAAAACAGGUACUUCGUUAACCUCGAUUUUGCCUCUGAGUUUGAGAUCGCGAUGCCGACCGGCGAGUACUCGAGGUUGUUGCAGUAUUGCCCUAAAGUUUUCGUUGGAAAAAGCGAGGAACUGAAAAAGAUCGUGAGGGCCAUGAGUGAUGCAGCGAAAAGAUCGUUGAAGAGCAAAGGAUUGUCCCUUCCUCCUUGGAGAAAAAACCGUUACAUGCAAAACAAAUGGUUUGCUUCGUACCGCCGGACGACAAAUCAAACUCCGGCAGACUCCGGUUCGCUGACCACGAUGACGAUCCAUUCCGUCAACGUCGUUCAAUGCCGCUACGUUGGCUUCGACGACGCCGUCAACAGUCGUAUGUUUGUCCGUACGAGAUAAUAAUUUUGACAAACGAAAAAAAAAACAUUUUUCAUGAAAUUAAUAUUUAAUAAAAAAAAAAAACUUAGUAAG